AUGAGUGAGAAAGAUACUGGACCGGAAAAGUUUGUGACUGGUAGUCACACCGUGAUCAAUGCCUUACUCUUACGUGGAGAUAUCGUACCUCGGGAGAUACAACUUGUACAAGAUCUUGUUGAAUGUCUUGAUCAUAAUGCACAAAAGAUUGCCGCAGCAUUAGCAGCCAACCGUCGACGCGGUGCGAGUAUGACAGGCGAAGAUACGACUGCACAACUUUUAAAGGAACAAAAACACUUGAUCUAUCGAAUUGCUGAGCUGUAUGAGCAAUUGAGUAAUGAGCCAAUGUCACUUGCUCAGACAACAGAAGGAACAACUCACGCAGCAUAA